GGGUGUCGUACCCGUGACAAUGAAACACAAUACUUUUUUUGUAACUCAUAAGGUCAAGACGUGCACGCCGAUAAUGACAGACACACGCAUUCGGCGUUGAUCGCUGUCGACGGUCGGGCAUCAGUAGAUCCAAGUUUGCCGUCGAACGUUACUUUUUAAUAUAAUUCGGCCCGACAAACACCAUAAUAUACAAUAUCACGAGUAUGACGACUAUGAUGAGACGUGACGCCGUUCUGGUCGUCCUGUGCUGUCUGGUGUACGCGAUUUCCAAAACGACACGAUCCGCCGCAUCCGUUGUCAAAUUACCCAAAGGAUUCGUAGCGUGCAAAAAAGAUGACCCCGGCGUCAAUGCGUGCAUUCAACAAGCCCUCCAAACAGCAGUACCACAUUUAGUCAAAGGAGUUCCAAGUUUGGGGCUAAUACCAAUUGAUCCUUUAAUAAUAUCGCAUAUGGAUAUAAACCAAGGUACAUCUAAUGGACCCUUAGACAUCAAACUAAGCUUCAAGGAUCUUUAUAUACAUAAUAUUGGUUCUAUUAAGUUAACAUCAAUGAAAUCAAGUAUAAAUAAUUAUACAUUUAAUCUCAAAGCCGAUUUUGAUGAACCACUUGUACUCGAAGGCAUGUAUAAUAUACAAGGAAAAAUUAUAAUUCUACCAAUAACAGGUGAAGGAAGAAGUAAUUUAACCUUAGCUGGAUUGAAAGUAUCAAUUAACACAAAUGGUAAACCAGUUACGAGAAGAGGUGAUGAAUACAUGGAAUUAGAAUCUAUGGAAUUAAAAUUUAGUACAUCAAGACUUUAUAUACAACUAGAUAAUUUGUUUAAUGGAGAUCGAGUAUUAGGAAGUAACAUGAACAUGUUCAUGAAUCAAAAUUGGAGAGAAAUUUUGAAGGACCUUCAACCUGCAUUUGAAUCAGCAUUAGGGAUGGCAUUUCAGUCAGUCACUAGUCAGUUUUUCCACAAAGUACCAUAUAGUAAAAUAUUCAACUAAAUGAAAUACUGUUCUAUUUCUAAAUUCUUUUUGUGUUAUAAUAGUUGCAUUUAUUUAUUUAUUUAUUUAUUUAUUAAAUUUGUUAUGGUUGUUCUAUA